GACUACUUAAAAUUGCAAGAACUCCUCAAGAAUUUGAGGAAAUGAGAGAAUUCGGAGAUUAUCUAAUUGUUAAUUUAAUUGAUAUUUCGCGAACGCAAGGAAACGCUGAUCACGCUCCGCGGCAAUAUGGUGUUGAGGAAAACGCACGAACGAGGGCUCUCUACAAGACGCGCGUAGUUCAUGGUCACGUUGCGCGUCCGAGGAGAGAGAGGAGGCAGUGUCACUGUAUGUUAGUAGACGUCGGUAGUGAUGUGGAACUUUGCAACGGUGAAAAUAUGACGAAAAUCAAGCCGUUUACAAAUGUCUCGUUUCUGCGUGCCACGAUAAUUCUCUGCGUAAUACCGCAAUGCCUAGCCGCCUUGUCCGACAAGCAAUUAUGUUACGACCCCAAUUGUUCGGAGCCCAUCUCGUUGGCCAGGACCAUCCUCGCGUACCGAGCAAACGAUCGCGAGGUGAUGUCAUUUAACAACAAUGCAGAAGUCAAAGUUUUCAGUAAGGGCGCCGGAAAACGCACGGAUUUAUGGGGUGUCGAGAUAAAUGGCAAGCGUGGAUUCGCACCCGAGAAAUUCCUGAACGAAUACAAAAUUCUAAGACGCGAUCUGUCGUACGAAGUGCCUGUUUAUAAGUUUAAUGAUAAGGCUAACAAAGUCCAACCCGAGAAGCUCGAGUCGACUGGGAAAGGGGGUAGCGAGUCGUACACUUUGUUGAAAGACGAAUUGUCUCGGGAUGAUAACGCGACCCUGUCGUUGAACUCCGUAGAUGGGAGCAUCGUCGAGGAGGGUAUUGUCGGCGACAGUGCCAAAAGUAUACAAAGUAUUGACCGCGAUACGAACGUUGCGCGGAAGUACGGAUACGCGGGAGGUCUUCAAUGGAAUGCGAUCAGCGCUGCGGAGAUAUUCGAGCCUGUGCUCGCUUACUGGGAAAAGCGCGUGGACACCGACAAGAGCACGCUCGAGCGUUUGCUCGACACUGGCGUCUUGCUAGAACUAAUGAAUUUGUUUGUACACAUGAACAGAGAUGAAUUUUACUCCACGCACGUGUCGGUCAAGUGCAAGUCGUGCCUGGGCAAACUCUGUACAGUUAAGAGGGACUUGUACAACGCCGUGGUGAUGAAAUGCAAAUUCGUCAGUCUAGUAUGUAAGUUUCCUGUUAAAACUCUGCCGGCGAAAGCGUGCGCUGUUACUAGGAAAAUUAUGAAGCGGAAUGUCGAGUGGGUCAUUUGUGAAAUGAAGGAAUCCGAAUGUAAGCGUUGGAGACAAUCGUGGAACACGUGUCGCAAUUUAACUUACAACGUAGACGUACUGUCUGAACAUGUGUACGAGGAAAGCGUGCGUUUACUGUUCACCUUCUUGUGCAGUUGCAUCUCUCAACUCGACGGAGUCGAACCGAGCCCUACAGAUUCUGAGAACUUCAGGUAUCUUGAAAAUAUUAUCUCUUUCGUGCUGGACAGAUUGAGCGUUGUAUAUUACAGCAAUAAUUUAUAUAGGAAAGCUGCGACUGUGUGCACAUUGAAUGCCUUGUUAACGUAUAACCAGUUAAACACAAAAGCUUUUCGUAGAUGGGUGCACAUUAAGAAAAUUACGCCCAAAGGAGUUGCAAGCUUAGCUAUGCUGGACUGCUUGACCAGUGAUGAAGAUGAGAUAAAGAGCGAACUGGGACUUUUAAUCGAUAUCUCUAAGUACGACGUUACCGCGUUGUGUCUGCAUAAAGUCAACAGUUUACUGGAGGAACAGGUCGCAUUUGCGAACGGCGUGGCAGCGGUUCUGGAAAAAUUGAGGAAGCUACAGCCGAGUGAUCAAUAUGCACACACGGUGCAGUUAUUAGGGUAUUAUUUCUUAGGUUUCAAUUACGAGAGCUCUAUUCUGGAGUACCACGAGCAAGCUAUACACGAUUUGAAGCAGAAAAAGUCGAACUCCGUAGCUGUUCUGUGCUUGGAAGCUAAUUUAAGUCUUUUUACCUUUGCGGAGAACUUGCGAGUCAUGAUUAAGCAAACUCAGUUGGAAAUAGAAAGUACAACGUUUGCUCUGUGCGCUCCCAAGCUACGAGAUCUAGUCGAGAACAAAUCUCCAAAUGUAGUUCCUGCUUACCCUAUGAUAAAUGUAAAAAAGGACACCAAUCUUAAGUUGUAUCUGCAAAACUGUUUGAAGAAGUGGAAGCAACUGUUUAGUCGCUACUUUGAAAAAAUUGUCAAGGAUUGGGAGCCUAAGCUUAUACUUUGCAUGCUGAUAACGGCCGGUGAAUAUGCUCGAUUAUAUCGGUAUGAAGACUGCGAGGCUGAAAUAUGGACAUUGGCAUACAAGCUGGUAUUAGAAAUAAACGAUCAUACAAUUAUUUAUAUCACGAGUCGUUGUAUAUCAUUGAGAGAAAUCGAUUACGAUUGGAUUGCCACUGCCAAGGAACAUGUUGCGAAGUACAGAGAUUCCAAGGACGAAGAUGUAAUUGCUACCAUUGCUACCUUUUAGAUAAGUUUAGCAGACAUCUAUUUUGAAUGUGGAAAGUAUGCUGAUUCUAAGCAAUUACUUGCCGAAGCUAGGAGUCUUCCAGGUGUUCCAGCAUCCAGUAGGAGAAAUCUGGCCCUUACAAGCUUCUCCGACUGAACCUAACAUAUUUAUCACAUGUUACAACAGCUUGAGUGGUUAUGAUAUCAGGCAAUCUAGCAGGAAAAAGUCAGCCACGGUUUACGAACGGUAAAUGGAAUCCUCACAACGGUGCCAA